AUGGAAGGUGAAUUUUUAAAUAAUAAAAGCUCCAGUGUUGUAAAGAAAGAAAAUGUAGUAAACUAUUUUUUCUUUGAAAAUGGAAUUGCUCUUUCAAUUGAACCAAAAGAGUAUUGGGCACCAUUUGUAGAUGGAAUAAAAAAAGAACUAAAAACAAAUUAUAUCAUUAAGUACUGUAGUUGCAAUUCAUUAAAAUCAAAAACAAGUGAUGGUAUAGAAGUUGGAGCGUUGAGAUUGGCAAAUGAAAUUUGUAAUGACCUUAAAGAUACUAAAAGUAAAAGAGGAGAUGAGAAAUAUAAAAUUCAUUUUAUUGGACAUUCACUUGGUGGAGUAUAUUUCCGGUUAGCAAUUCCUAUAUUAUUUAAUCGUAAUAUAUUUAAUAAUCCAAAUUAUAUCCCAUUCAGUUUUAUUACUUUAGAAUCACCUCAUGCUGGUGUUAAGAAAUCACAAACAGGAUUUAAACCUUUCUUUGGAAAUGUUUUUGAAGGAGAAACACUUAAUGAAUUAGAGCUAAAUGAUCGUCCUUUUCCACCAUAUGAUCCAUUAUGUUUAGAUGAAUAUCCUUUAUUGUUAAGAAUGGUUGAAGAUGAUGUUAUUGCUCCAUUAAAAAAGUUUAAGCAUCUCACUUUAGUCCAAAACAUUAGAGCAUCACCACAAGUACCCUAUGUAUCUUCUGCACUUGAUCGGGCAAUUCCUUAUGACAGAGACUUUUUACAAGAUCAAUUCCUAUUAGAUGGAUUUGAUUUCUUAAGAGGAUACAACGAUAUCGUUGAUGGUUGUACUAAACAUUACCAAUUACAAAAUGAACAUGGAGAUAUAUUUGAAGAAAGGGUAGACGGUUGUAUUAUUCAUGACCGUAUAAUUAAACAACUUAACACAUUAAAUUGGAGACGAUUAAAUGUUCAUUUUAGAACAAAAUCAAAUGAUGCUCAUAUAUUCAUUAUGGGCCAAAUGAAUAGAAAAAAAUUAUUUAAAAAUUGGGGAAAUGAAGAUGUUGAGCGAUACCUGGAUGUAAUAGCAAAGAUUAUCAAAAGAGAUAUCGACAUUGAAAAUAACACUGCAGAAAUAAAUCCUUCUCUUAUUGAAGAAGUUAAUGAACCAAUAAAAUCGGAUGACCAACCUUUUAAAGAAGAGAAAUUGAUUGAUAUUCCUCAGUCAACUCAAAUUACUCAACAAAUUGACAAAGAUCAAACUCAAUUACUUUAG